UAUACAACACUCUGUGUAUAAUAAAAAUAUUUUCAGUUUGUGGACUUUCAGUCGAUCUAUCGGAUAAUAAAAACAGAAUGGUAAUAUUUCAAAUAGUAAAAAGUUAUAGACCGAUUACACACUGCUGGGUCACUCUGUAUAUGUAUUAACAUCUAAUACAAAAUGUCCUCAAAGUUUAUUUAGUGUCAACCUCUUAAACAAAGCCUUCCAAAUCGAUAGAAUUUAAACAAACAUUGCUGCUACCUUUGAAAAAUACGGCAGACAACAAUGAUCAGGAGAGCCAAUACACUUUAGUAAAAAUGAACAAAAAACACGUUUUUGAACGUCUGCGCCCAAAUAUUUUUGUCCAUUCUUCGAGGUUUAUAGUUAGUUUCUUAAAAAAACGAAAUAAGAAAUUAGAAAUUUCUUACGUCAUCUGCAAACAAAAAAAAGAUGGAAUACCUAGCUAAACAAUCUGGCACCAAUUUAAUUUCAGUAAAAUUAAAAUUGAGCAUUGAGCAUGAAAUAUUCUGAGAUGUUCAUUGGUGGCGAGGAACAUAUAAAAAUACAAAAAAAGAUAUAUAAGAUAUAAACAAUUAAAUAAGAGAUAUACCACGAUUUAAAAAAAUAUUAAUUAUUUCUCGGAAACCUGCGCGAUUUAUUCGAAAUCAAUUUGUAUGGGUUUCAAAAUUUAAAGAAGAUUACAACUUUUGUGUGACUAUACCUAGAUAAUUUUUUAUUUUAUUAUAAAUUAAAGAUAAAGCAAAAUCUUUCUGGACUUCGCUUUUUUUUGGACUGUUUGAUCCUAGGUUUGAUCAGAAAUAAUUUUAAUUAUGCUCAUACUUAUCAUGAUCUGAUUUUCCAUUAUUAGAGUUAACCGCACGAUCCAAUUAUAAAAACUUCCCAAUUUGUUAAUUACCCUAUGAUUAUCGAACAAAUAAUGUUAUUAUUGCAUAAUGCGUAAAAUUCGGGCACCGGUAAACGAAAGUUGCUUGGCUAGUCGCGAGAUGAGCAUUUUCAGAAUGUAUUUUUGUAAGUCGUCAGGUCAAAUAACAGUUUUCGUAGAGUUUGAAUUUUGAUUAACUUCAGUCUGGACCAGUGUGUUGACAAAAAGAAUUAUGGAUAGUCCGCCGACAUUAUCACUAACACAAAUUUGCACCGAUUCUCUUAUUCUUGCAAUCGUGGGUUUCCCCAUACUCUUGAUUCGAAAAAGCGGGAAAAUCCAUGAGCGUGGAUUUUUUUGCAACGAUGUUACAAUCACUCAUCCGAUACCCGAAGUGUCAACAAUUAACAAUAAAUAUUUCCAUUUGGUGGGGAAUCUACUAACGAUUUUUAUUAUUAUUUCAGUUGAAUUAUCGAUAAUAAAGCGCCAAGAAAAAGUUAAAUUGUGGCGAUUGUGGUGCUACAACAUUUACCAAAUCCUCACCUGCUUCACUUUGGGCCUUUUGGCCACAAUUCUGAUCACGACGAUUUUCAAAGGCUCAAUUGGACGUCUCCGACCCUAUUUCUUCAACUCUUGUCUCCCAAAUGUUAACUGUUCGUUGCCACAAAACCACCACGUUUACCACACAAUUUUCACUUGCACAAACAAAAAUUACAAGAAAAAUAGUCGACUGUCUUUUCCUUCAGGACAUUCAAGCUACGCAAUGUUUUGCGGACUUUUCCUCGCCAUUUAUUUACACAAAAGGGCCAAAAAAUUCAAACUGGGUACAAGUCUGCUUCAGAUUGCCUUAUUCGGGCUUGUUUUCUACAUAGGGUGUACCAGAAUUUUUGAAUAUCACCAUCACUGGAGUGACGUUAUUGCAGGGUUUUUGGUAGGGCUCAUAUGUGCCAUUUUUGUUAGUCUUAAUUUGUACAAAACGCUAGAUUUAGAGACAAGUCUACAAGACACCUGAUUAUGUGUAUUAUUUAUUGUAAUAAACUUUUUCUACAAACAAAA